AGAUCCCGAUUCGUUUCCAUGAGCCCUGGUCUUAAGUUUAUUGACUUCAGUAUUAUGCCCGUUUUGCUCGGAGCCCGUAGCUGCCGGAGAUUUCUAAAGACCAGGAUGCUCAGGAAGAUGACAAUCAAACAUUACAGCUCUAAUAGGCGCAGCAACUCUCCGGACAAUCAAUACUCCACCAUUGCGGAGAUCAAGGAGAAGAUGAUGAAGAGCUUCGGUCUAGAGCCUGGGUACACCACGGAGCCGAAGUCCAGGGAGGAACUACUCAAGUACCAGCCCAAGUUCGAGGACUUGCCUGCACGUUCCAUGCAGGACUCCUUUUCCUCGGCCAUCAUUCCCUUGAGCACGGAUGCAGUGCUGCAGGACAAGUACAUCAAUUUCAGGGGCUUUGCCCGCCUUGGCAGGCUUCUGGAGGACAUGGACCUUUUUGCCGCUUGGUGCUGUCACAGGCACCUGAAAGUGCCCAAUCUGCCGGAGGGAGUGCCUUUGCCGUACUCCAUCGUGACAGUCCUGGUGGACCGAAUUGACUUCACUAGUGUCUCACCCAAUGGCACCCAGGACAUCCGCCUAUCUGGGCACGUCUCCUGGGUGGGAAGCAGUUCCAUGGAGGUGGUGGUAUGGCUGGAGCAGGUUGUCAAUGAAGAGUAUCAGAAAAUCACGCGAGCUCUGUUUCUAAUGGCGGCAAGAAAUGCCACCAACACAGCUGCGGCUCCAGUGAAUCCCAUACAGCCUGCCAAUGAGGAGGAGAAGGUCAUCCUAGCUGGCGGAGCCGAUAGAAAAAAACAACGACAGAUACUCAGCGCACAGUCUGUCUUCAAGGUGGAACCCAACGCCGAGGAGCAGUCUCUUAUAUACCAGCUCUACAAACGGACUACUCCCGUCGAGCAAACGGGGCAGCAGCGACUCCUGCCUCCCAACUGUAUUUGGAUGCACGACUCCUUCCAGAUGAGCACUAUUCCCUCCUUUCCGGAGCACAGGAAUCAAAACAACACUGUUUUUGGGGGAUUCCUCAUGCGCAGUGCUCUGGAGAUUAGCUGGGCAACGGCCUUCCUCUACUGCAAGGCCCGACCCCAACUGGAGCACAUCUCGGACAUCAGUUUCCAAAAGCCCGUCAGCGUGAAUAGCUUCAUCAAGAUGACCGCGUACGUGGUGUACACCAAGGAGAACUACCUGCAGAUCAUGACCGUUGCCGAAGUCCUGGACGCAUACACGGGCAGCCGCGUGACCACCAACGCCUUCCACUACACCUUCUCCGCUCCGGAUCCGGUUACGGAAGUGCUGCCCCGCUCCUACCACGACACCAUGUGGUACAUCAAUGGGCGCCGCAAGUUCAAGGCCAGCAGGGGUUGAGCCCCUUAGGGUUUCCCGAUAAGUUUAAAAUCUGCAACUUACCACGAUUCAGUUUAAUAUUCCUUAAGCUUAAUGUUCAAACA